UGUGGCCGCAGGGCCCCCGGCUCGGAUCCGGGUCGCGGCGACGCUUUUGCCGAGAGCCCGGCGCUGGGAACGGAACGGAACGGCCGGGCCGGAGACGCGAGGGAGGCGGCUGCGCUGCCGGUUUGCAAAGCCGCCGUGCCCUGGGAGGGGGCCGCGGGCUCGGGGGGGCUCCUGGCGGCCCCCCUGCCUGUGCGCUGCCCGUUCCUCCCGCUCUGCGGGCAGGGACCCCUCUGCGCCCGGGGCGGGGGGGGGGGGAAGAGCCUCGUGCGCGCUAAUUGGCUUCAUUAAGAGCAACGGGCGGCCGCCGGGAGCAGCGCCCGGGGAAAGGGCAGCGCCGAUCCCCUCUCCGGCUUCCUGGCGUGGUGCGGGCGGGCCGGGGUGGAGCUCAGCCCCAAGGUCCGCCUGAGCAGGGAGGGCGCGGUGGCGGGGUACGGCAUGGUGGCCGCCGAGGAGCUGGAGGCGGGAGAGGUCCUCUUCACCGUCCCUCGCACGGCGCUGCUCUCCCAGCACACCAGCUCCAUCCGGGUGCUCCUGCAGGAAGCCCAGGAGUCCCUGCAGAGCCAGUCCGGCUGGGUGCCGCUCCUACUGGCCCUGCUGCACGAGUACACAGCCAGCAACUCCCAGUGGCAGCCUUACUUCUCCCUCUGGCAGGACUUCCGGAGCCUGGAUCACCCCAUGUUCUGGCCUGAAGAAGAGCGAACAAGGCUCCUGCAGGGCACAGGCAUCCCAGAAGCUGUGGACAAGGACCUGGCUAACAUCCACCUGGAGUACAGCUCCAUCAUCCUGCCUUUCAUGAAGUCCCACCCUGAUGUCUUUGACCCCAAGCUGCACACGCUGGAGUUGUACAAGCAGCUGGUGGCAUUUGUCAUGGCCUACAGCUUUCAGGAACCUUUGGAGGAGGAAGAUGAAGAUGAGAAGGGGCCCAAUCCUCCAAUGAUGGUGCCUGUAGCAGAUAUUUUGAAUCACGUGGCCAACCACAACGCCAACCUGGAAUACUCUCCUUGGUGGGAUCACAGCAGCUCUGAGAGCCUCUUCUCUCCCUGCUCGCAGCAAUGUUUACGAAUGGUUACAACACAGCCCAUCAGCAAAGGACAGGAGAUCUUCAACACCUACGGGCAGAUGGCCAACUGGCAGCUUCUACACAUGUAUGGCUUCGCAGAGCCGUAUCCUGGCAACACCAACGACACAGCCGACAUCCAGAUGGUGACAGUACGCAAGGCAGCGCUGCGGCGUGCCAGAAGCGAAGCGGAGCAGCAGCUGGUCUCAGAGCAGUGGGACUUCUUGUGCCAGCUGGAGAUGGUGGGGGAGGAAGGUGCCUUUGUGCUCGGCUGGGAUGAGGUGCUGACAGAGGAAGAGCUGUCCAUGACCCUGAAGGUGCUGUGCAUGUCAGAAGAAGAAUUCAAGGAGUAUAAGGAACAAGAUGGCUGGGAAGAUGACAGCGAGGAAGAGGAAAACUCCACCCUUUCUAAUGAGGCUCUCUCCAGACUUAAAAGCCCUUGCAAGAAGCUCCUUUAUGACAGCGUGCUGCUGACCCUCGAGUCCUACAGGUCAGACUUGAAAGCAGAGCAGGACUUGUUAAAUAACAAGGAGGCUUACGAGAAGCUGAGUCGAAGGGAGCAGCAAGCUUUGCAUGUGCGCUAUGGACAGAAAAGGAUCUUGCAUCAGCUGCUAGAGCUGGUACGCUAGAAACCUCGCUGGCCCUGGGCCUGUCUCAGGAAGGGAAGGUCAGCCUUUGGCCACCUUUUCUACAGCAGCAAGAUUAAAUAUAGGCCCACUUGUCCCUCAAACAGCUUCUUAGCUACCUCUACAUAAACAAAGGUACCUGCCACAGCACAGAAGUGGUUUUGCAUGGCCUUAUCUUCCAGCGAGAGCUCUGGAGCACAACUACCACCUUCUAGACAACUUAAGAAAACCCAGCUGUCCUAAUGGCUGCUGGAGGAAGACAGACACACACUGUGAGGUCAGCAAGUGGGUUCCCUCAUUUAGCAUCAGGCUAAAUCUAAGGCAAGAACUGCUCCUUGUCCAGAUGAAGGGGGCUGAAAUCCAGCUGGUAGCUCUUACAGGGGUUCAGAGUAAACACCUGGCAGGUGGAAAUGCUGACAACACUAAACUCUUCACCUACGCUUUGUUAAUACUGAGCACAAUACAAACCUAUCCAUACGGUUUUCAUGUAGGCUCAGUAGAGCAAGAUAUUUCCUUUGACCUGUAUGAAAGGCAUUUCUGUACAGGCUUGAGACUACUCUAUAAGGAGCAGCAUCGCAGUUCUGCAGCUGCUGUAGGUUAAACAUUCAAUACACCCCCUCCGGUCAAUACAGUUCUUCCCUGAACUCAGGCAUUGCUCUGCAUCAUGUUUAGCUAUAUUAAUAUUUUUCCCUCAGCAGUCUUUGCAUGACAAAACACUGGGAGGUUUGCAGGCUAAGGCAUAUUUAAUAAAGACUAUGUUUCUUAUCCGGCCAACGCUAUCUACUUCAACAGGGUGCAAAGGCCCAUCUAAAAGGGGGGGCAGGAAAUCUGCUGCUGCUGCAGUCAAGUAUUGCAAACAAACCAACCCCAGGCUGUUAUCAUGUAUAUAAUAAAGAUGAGGUACAGCCCUCCCUGGACUGCUGGGGGCCAGGGUGGGUUAGCAGUACCUAGAAUAGCUUGGGUUUUUUUUUUUAAUUCGCCUUUUACAGUGGUGUAACAGUGGCUGGCUAGGGUCCAGUCUCCCAUCUUGGCUCUUCUCUUCCUACACCAGACUAGAUUUCAGACUAGGCACACAGUGGAUCAAAAGGUUAGUCUUCAUUUCUUAAACAUGAGGUUCACUAUAGCCAGGGCCUUUGCUGGCAAGGACACUGGCAAUCCUUGGGGAGCUGACACCAGUACCAUAUGCCCUGAAACCUGUAGGCUCCUUACCCACUAAGAGAAGGUACGAAGCACAGCGGCCUCCAUCCUAUCAGCCCAACUUGUGUUACUGGGGUCUUGGCCAAGUCCUGUCCACCUUCCACCCUCUCCACACCAGCCUAACGGUUCUUAAAGCCUAAAGGGAACCAGCCGUGUACAGCAGCAUUAGUACAGAACCAGAGAGACCUUUGAGCUUUGAGUCAUUGGGACAAGUCAAUAAGCUCUGCAUACGGAUUGCUAGAAAAAAAAUCCCAUGGCAUCUGGACUAAAGAAAACCUGGUUGCUGAUAACUCUCCAUAUCCUAACCCAAUACAGGAGGAAGAGUAAACUGGAGUUGCAACACCAAAAAAAUUUCCAACUUCAAAAGGCUCAAUUUCAGCACAACUACUGAGCACCUCUCCUAUGAAGACAGAGAGUUGGCAUUGUUCAGCCUGGAGAAGAGAAGGCUCCAGGGAGACCUUAGAGCCCCUUCCAGUCCCUGCAGGGGCUCCAGGAAAGCUGGA